GUGGCAGUGGCAGCAACACAAACUAAAGUCACCUCUUGUUUGUGUUUUGGGAAAGGGAAGCCAUUAUGGAAUUUCGAUCUUGAAACAAGACGCCUGGGCGACAAAAACGUGCAUAGAAAGCCGACGUCAGGAGUUAGUUUGGCUUUCGGCACAGUGAGUCGACCUCUGACCAGCUUGUCGGUGGGUAUCUCAAAAUCUGCAACUCGCGAGAGGCGCAGUACAUAGGCGGGAAAAUGGAAGAAGAUCGAAAUCCUUCGGCCACCGUCGUAUUACCGGACAUUUCCGAAACCGGUGGUAUCACGACGGCGAACGACGAAGAACUUGAAACCAGAGGUCAAGCUGUUCGCGUUUCGGCCGAUGGAAAUGUUGUGACAGUGCCCGUUCUUGGUGUCGGCAACGGGGCCACUUUCAACGUGAUCGCGCAGGACCACUCGCACGCACUCCAGUUGCAGGGUUCCGAGUUCAAGCCCGUCCUUUGCGUGGACAAUAGUUUUUUGUGUGACCGAAAUGACAAAGAGACUAACGACACUAUCAGGAGUUGGGUGCGAACCCAAGGCAUACAGUGUCUGCAAAAUGGAGAGCUCAAAGGCACCCACACCAUUGUCAUCCAGAGCGACGGUGAUGUGCACACAGCAAACGUACAGCCUGCUGCCCAGACCCCGCGAGAGGUGUGCAACAAUUCGUGGAAUGAGUCGGUUCACCAGCCCAUUCUGCCCGUUCGGUGCAAAAAUACAAGCGCUGAGCUGCACAAGGACAGAUUCGGCUCUGGUGGUCGGGGAAAAUGCAUCAAAGUGAAUGACAAUUGGUACACUCCGAGCGAAUUUGAGGCUCUUUGUGGAAGGGCAUCAAGCAAAGACUGGAAGCGAAGCAUCAGGUUUGGUGGCCGCAGCUUGCAAACUCUCAUAGACGAAAAUAUUUUGACUCCCCAUGCCACAAGCUGCACGUGCUCAGCUUGCUGCGACGAUGAGUCUGCAGCUGGGCCAAUCAGACUAUUCACUCCAUACAAGAGGCGGAGGAGGAAAGACACUGCAGAUGGACCUUCGAGGAAAAGAGGCAAGGACACCAGCGGUGGCGAGGAAAGCGACGUUGGCGGUUCUUGCAAUGAUGAAGAGAGCAACGCAGAAAAUGCCGUGGACUCAUUGAUGAAUAUGGGAGAAACAGACGACGCUGAUUUUCUUGUCGGCACUGCUGAGCAGAAGAUGAUGAAGCUUGAGGACCAUGCGGCUAGGAUUUUAAAAUUGGCACAAGGAUUCAAGGCGCAGCUAGACAAAGUAAGGGAAGCCUACAAGCACGAAAUUGAAGAGCUGAAAGAGCAGUUCGCGCGGGAGAAAGAGGAUGCAAUUUUAAACGUCAAACUAGAAUCGCAAGUUGUCUGCUCGCGGGCGGUAUUUGAAACUCGUACCAACGAGCCAAUUCCAGUGCACGUGGUCGAUUCGCUGGAGACAGCGUGCCUCCAGCCAAGCACAGAGUCGGAAGAGAACAAAAAGUGUGCAAAUUGCAACCGUGAAGCGUUUGCGGAGUGUUCGCUCUGCAGGCGCACGCCGUACUGCUCGACCUUCUGUCAGCGCAAAGACUGGGCUUCUCACCAAGGAGAGUGCAUUCGAUCAGGAGAUGGCAACAGCAUCAGCCAGGCUGGAUCUAUCAUGCUGAUUGUCGACAGCUCAGAUGCUCAAGUCAUCUCUGGGUCUGGACACCAGUGAAUGGAAUCUUUGACUUGAAAGUUGAAAUGCAUUUACUCAAAUAUUAUAUCCAAAGAACUGACUAGGGGUGCGAGUGUGAUUUGAAGUUAUAUUUAUUAUUGGAGCAAACAAAUUUCUAUUUGUCUCCAAUUUUUUUUUUAUUAUUUUGUGGCUGAAGCUACACUAUAAAGACUUAAAAAUUUGACACAUCAUCUCUCCCUCUAAUCUAGAGCCAAAUCAUGUACAAUGGAAUGGAAAAGUUGAAACCAUCAAGAAGCAUAGCUUGAAAACAUGCUUCUAAAUUUUUCAAUAGUCAAAUGUGUGCGCGUCAGAUUUGGCGCUCUUUUGCGUUUAUGAUUCCCAGGACUUUCUUAGAUUAGGUAAUUUGAUGCCCCUCUACUAAAGUGUUGGUUUUAAAUAAAUUGUUAAUCUAUGAAAUUUUCUAACAAAAUAUUUGUAUUAAAUUACAAGAUUUGGUUAAAAUUGUUUAGUUUUCCUAUUCCAAUCAUGUAAUUAGUUUCAUUAGGAUAACAUCACUUGAGAAUAUCCAGUCCUCUUGGAAUCCUUGAAAUAAAACUAUUCCAACUGUAAAAAUUGCACUG